AUGACUAAAAAGGAAGAAGAACUUAGCGAAAUUGAGGCUUAUAUGGCAGAUAGUCAAGAAGAAUAUGAGGAGGAAACUGACCUUCUACCUCUUGACUACAAUCUUUGGAAUGAAGAAAACCCUAUCUAUUUAACUCUUGCAUUUAAGAAAGAAUUUGAAGUUAAUCUAGCCAUAUUUCUUGCUGAAACUUCUAAAGAAAAUAUUUGGAAAAUUAAAGAUGACCUUCAGGUUGGACCUCUUGUUGACAAUUUGGUAAAACAUAAUAUUUUGACCAAUGAUCAUGACCCAGUUACCACAGGAGCUUAUAAGUGCAAGGAUCCAGUAAAACUUAAUUUUCUCAAGAAUGAAAUCAAAUAUAUAAAAGAAAAUGGAAUUAUCAGAAAAUC